UCAGGAAGUGCGCUCUUUUAUGUCACGUUUGUAGCGCGCAGGCACCAUGUACUUGUACUGGACUCAAGUGAAAUCAUGAAGGCUGUCAUUGCGAUCGUUUUUGCGCUUGUUUUGUGCCCGUCUGAAGAACUGGACUUUAUCAAACAAACACACUUUUUAACCAAUUCAGAAAAUGUAGGAAUCACGACUGAUUUAUCCCGAGCGGUGCAGCGAGUGGAUCCGCGCUUUCUGUCUCUCACCAUAGACGCCAGUCUGGCUUCAGAUGAGAAGUUCAUGAAUCUUUUGGGAUCUCCAAAGAUAAGAGCACUGGCCAGUGCUUUAACUCCAGCCUUUCUGAGAUUUGGUGGGACAAGGCAGGACUUCAUGGUCUUCACUCCUCAGGAUGUUUGGUUCUCUAAGGUUCCUCCAGCUGCAAAUUUAUGUGACAACAUUGCGCUACCCUCUUGGCUGGAAGACAAGCUGAAAAAGGAAUGGGUCCAGCAACAAAUACUCCUAAAGAGAGAGGAUCUGCAAAGAAAGUAUAAAAGAGUUCAGUUCACAGAAGCUACAGUGGACCAGUUGUACUCUUUCAGUAACUGCUCUGGGGUGGAGCUGAUUUUUGGGCUCAAUGCUCUGCUCAGGACAGCUGACAACCACUGGAACAGCUCCAACGCACAGACACUCAUGCACUACUGUGCAUCCAGACAGUACAGGAUGUCAUGGGAGCUGGGCAAUGAACCAAACAGCUAUGAGAAGAAAGCAGGCAUUCGAAUCAAUGGCUUCCAGCUGGGAGAGGAUUUUGUCCACCUCAGAAAGAUCAUGUCAGAAUCUAGAUUCUAUCAAAAUUCUGGACUGUAUGGCCCAGAUGUUGGGCAACCCCGGAACCAUAGGAUAGACAUAUUGGAAGGGUUUUUACACAGUGGAUCUGAGGCAAUUGAUGCUUGUACGUGGCACCAUUAUUAUGUGAAUGGAAGAGAUACAUCUUUGGAGGAUUUUCUGGACCCUAAAGUUCUGGACACUCUGACCUUAAAGACUGAGGAGGUCUUGCAGAAAGUGAAACAGGCAUCUCCUCAUAAGAAAGUAUGGCUUGGAGAGACAAGUUCUGCGUACGGAGGAGGAGCUUUGGGCCUCUCUGACACAUUUGUUGCUGGUUUCAUGUGGCUGGAUAAGUUGGGCCUUGGGGCCAAACUGGGCUUGAAUGUAGUCAUGAGGCAGGUGUUCAUUGGUUCUGGGAGUUACCAUCUUGUUGAUGACAACCUCGACCCCCUUCCUGAUUACUGGUUGUCUGUCCUUUAUAAGAGGCUUGUUGGCCAACAAGUGUUGUCAGUGAAAGCAUUUGGUAACUACACACUUUUUCACAAAAGAGUGCGGCUUUAUUUGCACUGCACAGACAAAAAAAGUUUCACUAAUGGAGCAGUCACACUAAUAGCGAUGAACUUGAAUCACAAGGCAGUGAGGGUCUCAGUGCCUGCACACAUGGCAUCCAGCACAGUGGUGGCUUUUGUCCUGGAGUCUGACCAGAGCGGAGAGGAGGGACUCUACUCCAGAUCUGUUAAGCUAAAUGGAGAAGUGCUGAAGAUGGUGGAUGACACAACUCUCCCGGAUCUUAAAGGAGUUGCUCUGCCUCCCUCAGAGCAUGUCCAGCUCCCUGCCUAUAGUUUAUCCUUCUUUGUGUUCAGUGAUGUCAUGGCACAAGCAUGCCUGUCACCCUAACAGACAACAUGCAGUUGAUCACUACAUCUGUGCACUGGGUAAUGUUUUUCAUCACUGUAGUACUAAUACUUGAAGUCCACUUCUUCAUUUUGGAGAGCUCAUGUACUGUAUUGUAUUUAGUGAAUUGUUAUUAUAUAUGUAACAUAUUUGUAUUUGUACAAUUUUGAGAAAAAUGGCAAAAAAUCAAGCAUUAAACAACAAUAAUGUAUAUACAAUUAAAUGGUAUGAAAAUUAGAGUUUAUUGAGUUCUAAUCCUCCUCAAAAAUCAAUUUACGUUGCCCCAAUGGGAGUCCGGCUCAGAAAAUGUUAUCAUAGAUAAAUGAAACUUAGCACCAAAAAUAGGUCAUGUCAGGACAUAUACAUAUGGCCCCGCCCUAAACCCUACAGGAAGUCGGCCAUAUUGAAUCAAACCUGGCAUUGGCAAAAUCUCUCCAACAGUUUUCAUCAAAAGCACUUCAAACUUGACCAAAAGACACUAAACCCAUGUGCAAUAAAAGGUUGUUAAUUACAUUUUAACAAAAAUGUUGGAUGUGAUCAUGGUGAUUUUUAAGCAAAAUGUACAUUUUUGGAACAAUAAAAAAAUCUGU